AUGUGUGCUCAACCUGUAACUAACACCAAGGAGGUCAAGUGGCAGAAGGUCUUGUAUGAGCGACAGCCCUUUCCUGAUAACUAUGUGGACCGGCGAUUCCUGGAAGAGCUCCGGAAAAACAUCCAUGCUCGGAAAUACCAAUAUUGGGCUGUGGUAUUUGAGUCCAGUGUGGUGAUCCAGCAGCUGUGCAGUGUUUGUGUUUUUGUGGUUAUCUGGUGGUAUAUGGAUGAGGGUCUUCUGGCCCCCCAUUGGCUUUUAGGGACUGGCCUGGCUUCUUCACUGAUUGGGUAUGUUUUGUUUGAUCUCAUUGAUGGAGGUGAAGGGCGGAAGAAGAGUGGGCAGACCCGGUGGGCUGACCUGAAGAGUGCCCUAGUCUUCAUUACUUUCACUUAUGGGUUUUCACCAGUGCUGAAGACCCUUACAGAGUCUGUCAGCACUGACACCAUCUAUGCCAUGUCAGUCUUCAUGCUGUUAGGCCAUCUCAUCUUUUUUGACUAUGGUGCCAAUGCUGCCAUUGUAUCCAGCACACUAUCCUUGAACAUGGCCAUCUUUGCUUCUGUAUGCUUGGCAUCACGUCUUCCCCGGUCCCUGCAUGCCUUCAUCAUGGUGACGUUUGCCAUUCAGAUUUUUGCCCUGUGGCCCAUGUUGCAGAAGAAACUAAAGGCAUGUACUCCUCGGAGCUAUGUGGGGGUCACACUGCUUUUUGCGUUUUCAGCCUUGGGAGGCCUACUGUCCAUUAGUGCUGUGGGAGCCAUACUCUUUGCCCUUCUGCUGAUGUCUAUCUCAUGUCUGUGUCCAUUCUACCUCAUUCGCUUGCAGCUUUUUAAAGAAAACAUUCAUGGGCCUUGGGAUGAAGCUGAAAUCAAGGAAGACUUGUCCAGGUUCCUCAGUUAAAUUAGGACAUCCAUUACGUUAUUAAGGCAAGCUGAUAGAUUAGCCUCCUAACUAGUAUAGAACUUAAAGACAGAGUUCCAUUCUGGAAGCAGCAUGUCAUUGUGGUAAGAGAACAGAGAUCAAAACAAGAAAAAAAUGAACCAAAGGCUUGGGUGGUGAGGGUGCUUAUCCUUUCUGUUAUUGUGUAGAUGAAAAAACUUUCUGGGGACCUCUUGAAUUACAUGCUGUAACAUAUGAAGUGAUGUGGUUUCUAUUAAAAAAAUAACACAUUCA